AAAAAAACUAAACUUGGGGGCGAAGGAGGGGGACUUUUUCUUUUAGUUAACAUGUAUUUUUUCCAACAAAAAAAAAAAGAAAAAAGAAAAUUCUCUUCGGCUCUUAUCAAUUAUCAUCUUCCUCGACGAGCCAUCCCUGAAAUCGAUCAGCGGGAGCUCCAUUUAUGUGAUGCAUCAGAAGAAAUCGGAAGCUCAGAUCGGAAAAGAAAGCAGCGGCGUCUCUUCCGAUUUCAACCCUUCUCCCCCUCUUCUUUUCUUCCCUCAGAUCGUAUCUCACCAUCAUCAUCACCACCACCGUGAUCGCUCUUCCUCGGCCGCCCCUUUCAAGCGUCCUCUCCUUACCCACCGCUCCUCUCCUUUUUCCUCUUCGCCAUCAUCUUCCCGGUUGCUCUGGCUCAAAUCCUAUCUCUCCCGCUCUCUCCGCCGCUUCCCUCUCUUUUGCUUUCUCCUCCCUCUCUCUUACUUCCUCCUCUCCCACCCCGCUCGACCCUUCCUCGUCGAUUUCCUCUCCGCCUUUGUUUUCUCCGCCGCCCUUCUGUUCUCCCUAAACCUCGCCCUCCCUCGCCUUCCUUCCAUCCGCUUGUUCCUCGCACGCUCCUUACCCUCUCCGUCGAGGACCCCUUUACCGGUUUUCUGGUCCAUCGGGUCUCGACCUAAAUCUGAUAGGAGGGGAAGCUCCGGGUGCUGGGUGCAGGUCUACAGCAACGGAGACGUCUACGAAGGAGAGUACCACAAGGGCAAGUGCUCCGGUAGCGGCGUCUAUUACUAUUACAUGAGCGGCAGGUAUGAAGGUGAUUGGGUUGAUGGCAAGUACGAUGGUUAUGGGGUAGAGACCUGGGCCAGAGGCAGCCGAUUUAGGGGCCAGUACAGGCAGGGUCUUCGCCACGGAUAUGGGGUUUACAGAUUCUAUACCGGAGACAUGUUCUCCGGCGAGUGGACCAGCGGACAGAGCCACGGUUGCGGAGUUCACACCUGCGAAGACGGAAGUCGCUAUGUUGGCGAAUUCAAGUGGGGAGUCAAGCAUGGUCUUGGUCACUACCACUUCAGGAAUGGGGACGUAUACGCAGGAGAAUACUUUGCUGACAAGAUGCAUGGAUUUGGGGUCUAUGGGUUUGCAAAUGGUCACCGAUACGAAGGAGCUUGGCAUGAAGGUAGACGACAAGGGCUGGGAAUGUAUACAUUCAGAAAUGGAGAAACGCAGUCGGGACAUUGGCAAAAUGGGGUCCUCGACAUUCCAAGUACACAAAAUACUUCCUGUCCGGUAUGUCCUGUUGCAGUCAACCACUCCAAAGUUCUAAAUGCAGUCCAGGAGGCACGGAGAGCAGCGGAGAAGGCUUAUGAUGUAGACAAGGUUGAUGAGAGAGUUAACAGAGCGGUUGCAGCCGCCAAUAGGGCAGCCAAUGCUGCAAGAGUGGUGGCCGUCAGAGCUGCGCAAAAACAAUCUAAAAACAUGGACAACUUCGCGAUUCCUCUUGUGUGAACCGAUUCUAGUACAUAGGCGAAAGAAGCAGCAGCAAUCAUGUUGACAAGUAUCAACUUUGCCUGCAAGGUCUGGCCUAAUCUGCCUUCGGAUCUUCACUCAGCGGCUGCAUGGAUCAGUUUGGCUCGGUCUCCAUCAAGUCCCCAAGCAAUUUCCGUCAUCAAUCUUAUCUUCCUAUCCGCCAUUUAUCUUGUGCAGAAGGAGAUGAAUGCUCGUAUCUUCUCAGCCAUCUCACUUCUCCUGAUGGCAUCUGCUCCGCCCUUGAUCGUCUCGUUCGAGACCGGUUGCUCUCGUUCCCAGCAAGGUCCAUCUCCUCUUUCUCGUUGAGUUCUAUUUCUCUUGUUUCAUUCAGGCCUCCCCGAGUCUAUGUCCUUUGCUCCAGUUCUUGUAUUCGUUGUUUUAGUUUCUAUUAUGCUUUGUAAUAACAAUGUAUAAUUCUAAAAAUUGGUAUGAAAAUUAACAUUUACAGCAAAAAAACAGAUAGUCAUUCGACGAAAAUGGGUUGG